AAGGGUUCCUUAUUUUAAGGGACCCUUUAAAUCACUACCUUACCUAAAUUCUGUUUCACCAUCCUAUGGGUCACUUAUCUAAGAGACCCCUAGCUAAGUGACGUUUAGUGUGGGGAUGCUACGCAAUGUUAAUCGAUAAGAGGAUCGAUUAUAGGAUUCUAUUGAUAUUUAGUUGAAAAACCACUUAAUUUCACUCAGUUUAUGUAGUAAUAAUGAGUUUGUUACCUUUAAAUAUAAAAUAAAACAAAAAAAACAACUUUUUAUGUAUUUUGGCUGCCACGGCGAAUAUGCCUUUGCGUAAAAUCACACUUCAAAGUGACAUUUUUAUUUUUAAUGACAAUGACACAUGUCACAUUGUCAAAUAGUUUGAUUUUGUUGCCGGUUGCAUUCAAAGAGGAUAAAAUCACUACGUUUUAGUCGCAUUCGUUGUUUGUUUCGUGUUUUUUUUCGUUGGUAUUUGUAAUUAUAUAACAAAGAAUAAUGGCAGAAAAAAGAAAACGCGGACAAAAUUUCUCAAUUGAGGAUAAGGAUAAACUGAUAAAGUUACUGCUGCAACACAAAAAUACCAUCUUAAAUAAAAGAACAGAUGGUUCCACAAAUGAGGCAAAAAACUGUGCUUGGAUAUCCAUAACGGAAUCUUUUAAUUCCACAUCAAAUAUACACAGAACCAAGGAAUCUUUGAUGAAGAUAUGGGAGAAGCUUAAAAGUGACAGCAAAAAAUAUUAUGCCCAAUCAAGAAGAGAUACGUCACGGACAGGAGGUGGCCCUUCUACAGUUAAAAUUGACCCGGUACUCGAACAGGUGUCUACAAUUAUGGGCCGAGGGUGCACCGGUAUUUUAGGGAUACCAGACUGUGAUGCCGAGACUGGAGGAGAGAGUGAAGAGAUAGUCAAAGUUAUUUGUAUUGAGGAUGAAUUUUGGGAAACUGACGGACAUUCAGCACAAUCUCUUGAAGAACCAAACUUGAAGAGCCAAACACAUGAAAAUUUUAAAACAGCUGAAGAACCUAAGCCUGAUAACGUACAAGAACUUCAGAAGGAAGCUCUAUUGAUUAAUAAAACGCCUCUGUGGUCACGAAGGCGGCCACAGAUAUCCAACAACACUGAGCGCAGUGAAGCUACAGCAGUAGUUUCACAGAGUAUCCAAGGCGUCUAUAAAAGAAAGGAAACUGUUGAGGAGCUCAAGGAGCAGUUAUUGAGGGAGGAGAUAGAUUUUAAAAGGAAAUUAUAUAAUUUUCAAUUGCAAGCAGCUGCAAAAGAGGUGGAAAUUAAAACUGCAGUUUUAGAACAAAUAAAAGGUGGGGGCAUCUCUUUACAAAAUUUAUUUGGUGUGCAGAAUGAAAAGAAAGAUUGA